AUGGCAUGUGGGCUAGUACUUACUCUAAGAGGGUGGAAAAAGCUCUCAGACGGCAUACCCUAUGAGCACAUAGAAGAAGACUUGAGCAACAAGAGCCAGUUGCUCCUCAAGUACAAUCCGGUUCACAAGAAGGUCCCGGUACUUGUCCACAACGGAAAAUCCAUUGCUGACUCAUACAUCAUCCUAGAGAACAUUGAUGAAACUUGGAAAAAUGCUCCUCGGAUCCUGCCUGAAGAUCCUUACAAAAGAGCCUAA